GCAGGCUUGUUAAGUUGUUCAUGCGGACUGCUGCUGAUAGCAACAAGUGAUCGGCGCCAUGGAUGUAGCUCAGGUGGGUGGCGGCCUGACGAACAAGACAAGCCAGCAACUCCCAUCCAACAGCUGUUGUGUGUUGUGUGCUCUGUGCUGUGUUUAGUUGAAGGAGCAGGCGGCGCGUGUGGAGCAGGGCCUGGACCAGCUGCGGCAGCUCCACUCGAAGGUAUGCUGUGAUUGAUGCCCCUGACAGGCCCAGCGCCACACUCUCUUUCGCUGUGUUGAUGGUUCUUUCCCUUGAUUUCUCGGCGGCUGCAUCAGGUUGGUGCUCGUCUAUCGAAGAUCAAUCAGCUGGACCCUGCCAAUCACCCUGCCGAGGUACACGCAGAGUCCGCACUAGCCAGCAGGUCACGGCACAUGGUUUGGUGCGCUUCGGUCGCAGGCAUCGUCCCAUGAGUCGCUGCUGGUGCACACUCAGCUGUCCUUUCUGGAGUCUUAUGUCAACGCCGCCGUCACUCAGCUGUCGUCUGUCGAGUCGGGCCUCUCGGGAGCCGUGGAUGCUCUGGCGGCCGCCCCCACGCCGCCACCAGCCAAUAGCUCGGCAGCUGCAGGGACCGACCAACAGCCACAGGUACACAUCAUCCACCCGCAAUUGUCAGACGAGAGCAUGGUGUCCAUUCCGUCUCGUGUGUUGGUCACAGGCGCGGCGAUCAUCGUAUCGUCUGGUGCAUCGGAGCAGCAUCCCACCUUCCGUCUACGAAGGACCGGUAGGAAUGACAACAGGAUAGAUCUCAUACAGAAAAAAACUUAGCCUAUUGAUGCCCUCCCUCUUUGCCCUCAGGCCCGUCGCCGUCUGUCCCGUGAUGAGCUCUCCAACGUGUUCGGCCACCUGCAGCCCUGGGAGCUGACACACUACCGCCGACCCCUCGGCACGCGCCUUUUCAACCAAUCGGCCGCCAACUACACCAACCCGGUCAUCGACUGUGAGGACGACAAGGCCAGGCGUAUGUGGGCGGCCAUGCCACUGGCCGUGGCGCAGAGGUUGGGGCAGAGGGCGACCAACAUCAGAGAGAUCAAGCACCGCUACCCCGAGGAUUGCGAGUGUUGGUGUCUGGGGACGUGGGUGGCGCUGGUAGAAGGCCACGCCAGCGGCCGAGCAGCCAUCGCAGCCAAAAAGAAGCGCGAGAGGGAGGGAGGGGAGGGGACAGCUGCUGCUGCGGCAGGGCAAGCUGACGGCAGCGGGCAGUCGGCUGAUGACGGCACAUUAGAGGUGCUGUCAUUCGAGGACGUCAAACUCGAUGACAGCAUUCACAUCGCUUACCCCCCUCAUUUGACCUUCCCCCCGCCCCCCCCGCCCCCAUCCACCUCCCAGCACUCAAGACCGUCGACAACAUCCCCCUCGAGUGCAUCUCGGCUCGCGCAGACCGCCAGUGGCGCACCCCUGCCGUCACGACCCUCAUCGUCGGGACCGAUUUGGAUCUGUCAUCGUAUGACGAGGAGGAGUGGGACGGCCUGGAGGCGUGGGUUGGCGGGUGUGACGCCAUUGAGGUGCUGGACCUCAAGCGCAUCUACUUCACCACCACGGAAGGUCUGCUGAGCGCGCUGCCCGCCGACGGCAAGUCGCUGGCGGCGCUGCGCACACUGCGAGGUGUAUCUAUGGAUGAGGCCGUGUGGAUGGAAACUGACAAGGUCGGGAUCGACAGGCUGCGUGAGGUGAUGGUGGCGAGGGGCGUCAAGAGGUCUGUUCGCGAACUCAAGAUCACCGUGAGGCGUAUGCCGAGUCGUGACGGUGCUGUGACGUGGUCGGAGAGCGCUGCCCGGCUCAUGUAAGGAUGCAGAAAGAGAGAGGGGUAAUGACGGACGGUGCAACACAUGUCUGUGCUUCGUGUACUAUCAGUGAGGCCGUUGCGGCUCCCGAAGUAGUCUGGGAGGAGGUCUUCGCACCCACCGACGAUUCCACAUCUGGACGCAUUGACGCGGAGCUUCUCUCGCUCAGCAGCAGCACCGGCACCCUCCCCGCCCAGAAGCUCAUCGUCGACUACGCCAAGACUGCCGGCACCGUGACAUACAGCGGGUGUCACGAGACCACCCCCAACGCCAUCACGGACGACGCAUUCGCCGCCGCCCACACCCUACGGCUGGUCGGCGAUGCACUGGCCGACAGCGACAAGAAGAAUCGCGCAGUCGAUAUCGCCUCCAAGAUGCCCAACCUGGCGCGCAUCGAGGCACCACAUCGGUUGGGUGAGACCCUGACCGCACCAGUUCGUGAGGUGUGGCGGUUCCUCGAGCGGCUGCAGACGGCGCGGGAGAGCAGGGGGCGGGCGGAGAAGAGCCUGUCGUAUGUGGGUCUCACCCUGCCGCCAGGGGCACUUGCAAUAUCUACGGACAAUCCUGCGAGCCCCUGUCUGUGGGAUCCGGACAUCCACCAGUUGCCGCCGAUUGCUGAAGUGUGUGUUGACGUAUUAGGUGAGGAGGAACUAACGGGAAUGAGUGGGAGAGCUGGUCGGCGUGGCAUCUGUGUGUGUACGGUGCUAUGGUUUGUGUGUUUGCUUCAGGCAUGGUAGCGGAUGACCGGUUGGAGGCGUUUUACAAUGGUGUGAUGGCCACGGUGGUCUCGUUCACCAGCAAGCUCAAGGUGCCCGACACAUAACAUGCCGCGCCCGACGCAUAGUAUGCCUCUUGUCCCAUGACAGGGCCACACGAAGAGCACAGUGCAGCUGUGCCCUGGCAUGAUGGAUGAUUUUCGCCAGCGCUUCCUGGUGAAAGGCCUCAACAUCAAUGCCGGCCCGUACCAGCUCAGCAUAUUCAGGCGCACCUUGUUAGUCGAGCGGCGCACCUGACCGCCAGCUGUCUGUCAAUCAGGUGAGGGAAGUGAGCUUCGAGAGAAGAGCAGGCCAUCAGCAGCCAGACAACGUGACCAAAGUAGGUGCGCAUCUCACCCUGUCUCUCUGUUGUGUAUCCAUCCUGUGUGUCAGAUAGGCGAGUCUGGUGGACUUGCGGCCGAUGUAGCUUGCUUGUGUGAGAGUGGGUGUGGUGUGAUGAUGGC